AUCCAUUUGUUGGUUUUUCCUUGUGAAGUUAGCGAUGGCAGCGUCGUAAAGUUUGUCCUUUGACUUGAGCUCCAAAAGAAGUCCUUUCUCUAUGGACAUCAGUACCAAAGCUCCCAGGCGAUCCUGUCCAGUACUGGUUCUGGCAUGUGUCUUGAUUCACUUCAGAGCCGAGUAAGACUGCUCCACAGGGGAGGUGGACACGGGGAAGGUCAGCACCAGGCAGCCUCCACAAGUGUCUCAAUGGCUAUAAAGUCCAGACGAUGGAAGACCCUCGUGAUCCUGAACGUGCUCGGAUUCAUCGGCUUCAUAACUUUUUGGACGAGAACCAACACAGCGGGUAGCGAGCAGGUGGCAGAGGUGGACGCUGGUGUCGGUGUGGAGAGGCAGCUGCAGCAGCAGGUGGAGCGGGUGGUGGUGAGAGAGCCUUUCAGUGGACAGGACGCCCUGAUGAGGAGGCUCCGAGACCUGGAGAAUCUGGUCUACAAGGAUUUACACGGUCUGUCGUUAUCUCUGGGCCUGGUUGAGGGCGACAAGGGUCCGGGUUUCGUUGGCAAUCCUGCCUCGGUGGCUCCAGGUGAAGUUGCCAAGGCUAAGGAGGUUAAGGAAAGGUAUGGCUACAAUGCCUACCUCAGUGACAGAAUCUCCUUGGAUCGAACUUUACCAGACUUCAGGCCAGCAAAAUGCAAAAACGCCACCUUCCCAAAAGACCUCCCAACAAUCUCCAUCAUCUUCGUCUUUGUCAACGAAGCAAUGUCCGUGAUCCUGCGCUCGAUCCACACAGUCGUCAAUCACACGCCUGCUCACCUGCUCAAAGAAAUAAUCCUUGUGGAUGACAACAGCGAUGACAAGGAGCUCAAAGGUCCACUGGAAACUUACGUGAACAGACGCUUCCCCGGACUGGUGAAGAUCGUCAGGAACCAGAGGAGAGAGGGACUGAUCAGGGCCAGAAUUGAGGGCUGGAAAGUGGCCACCGGAGAGGUGACAGGAAUUUUUGAUGCACACAUGGAGUUCACAACUAACUGGGCCGAGCCGAUUCUAGCCAGAAUUAAAGAGAACCACAGGAGGAUCCUUUUACCCUCCAUCGACAACAUCAUGCACGAUACCUUCGAGGCAGAAUACUAUGGGAACUCGGCCCACGGCUACAACUGGGAGCUUUGGUGCAUGUACAUGGGCGCACCGAAAGAGUGGUAUGAGGCUAAGGACGACUCUCUUCCCAUCAAGACUCCUGCCAUGAUCGGCUGCUCCUUUGUGGUGAACCGUCUUUACUUUGGCGAGAUCGGUCUGCACGAUCCAGGCAUGAACGUGUGGGGCGGAGAGAACAUUGAACUCGGCAUCAAGGUGUGGAUGUGUGGAGGCAGUAUGGAGGUGAUGCCUUGCUCCAGGGUGGCUCACAUUGCACGGGUGAAGAAACCCUACAGCAACGACCUCGGUCCCCACACGCGCCGGAACGCUCUGCGUGUGGCAGAAGUUUGGAUGGAUGAGUUCAAGUCCAGUGUCUACAUGGCCUGGAACCUUCCCAUGGAGAACCACGGUGUCGAUAUCGGAGACAUUUCCGACAGGCUCGCUCUGAGGAAGCGUCUGCAGUGCAAGAGUUUUAAGUGGUACCUCGACAACAUUUACCCAGACCUGAUCAGGUACAACGGCACACUGUACUAUGGCGAGGUUCGUAACGCGAAGGCGACACAUCUGUGUCUGGAUCAGGGCGACCAGGAGAAGAAUAUGCCCAUCCUGCAUCCAUGUCAUGGAUGGAGUCCUCAGAUGGGACGUUACACCAAAAAUGGUCAGCUGUACGUGGGCCGGAUGGGCAGCAUAGGAGAAGACACCCGCUGCCUAAUGGACAACGAGGUCAGCGACUUCCCUCAGCUUGUUGACUGCACUAAAGUCACCAAUGUCAACCAAAAGACUUGGUAUUUCUCUCAGAACAAAGCCAUCAUAAACAAAGCUUCAGGACGAUGUUUGGAGGUGAAGGAGGAGAAAGUGGACUUCGGACACCGACUGAUCCUGCAGACGUGUACGGGACAGACGUGGAGCUUUAAGAACGUGGCCACAGUGUAGAAGGGCUGAAGUGGACUCACCUGAAAGAAACAAUAAUAACAAUGACAAGGCCUGUUUUUCUUGAUUUCUGGAGUUUGCUUUACGACGACUGUGAUUCUGAUUCGUAUUGAAGUUUGUAUUCUUGUUGUAAGUUAACGACUUUUCUUUGCACUCGUCUCUGAAGAAUCGUCUCUGUCCUAAGAGCGUAGGUUUACGGGUUGAAUCUGGGUUUUUUUCUUUGUUUAUUCUCGGGGAUGGAUUUUUGUCUCGUGUCCAACGCAGCUCCUCCUGUGGUAAGACAGCGGUUUGCACCUUAGGACAAAACUCUGGUUGUUUUUUUUUUAAAAUCACUCGUCUUUAAAAGAAAUUUUACAGAAUAAACCUCACAUCUUCCUUUUA